AUGGACUCUAAACUUGGCUGCGUCUGCGUCCCGAGCUGGAAAGUGACGCCGCCCCCGCAGGCGCCGCCCAGGGCCGGGCCGCCGGCAACACACGGCCGCCCGCGGGGCGCGCGCCGCAGCCCCGCCCCCGCCCCGCCCCGCCCCGCCCCCGCCCACCGGAAGUUUCCAUUUGAAACCCCGGCGGCAGACGCGGCCGGCAGCGCGGCCGUUUCCGCGGAGGGCGUUUUGAGUCGGAGCGACGAGGACUGCGGGCGGGAGCAGCAGGCGCCUGGGGCCAAGCCUUGCCGCCCCGCGACCAUGACCAGCGUGGCUAAGACAGUGCACGCCCUGCAGCCCGCCUCCGUGCUGAGUGGCGGCCCGCUCGCCGACACACAAACUCGAGCCACUUCUAAGAGCUUAUUACCUGUGAAGUCUAAAGAAGUCGAUGCUUCCAGAUCUCUUCAUCCAGGAGCUUCAGAAAAUGAUGUAAUGAAAGGCAUCAAACCAAGACGAGAGAAUGGGCAGGGGAAAGCUGCAGAUCCUGCCAUCAAGAGGAAUAUCAAAAAGAGCUACAGGCCGUUGAGUAAGCAGAAGUCAGAGGAAGAGCUCAAGGAUAAGAACCAGAUCUUAGAGGCCGUCAACAAGCAGUUACACCAGAAGUUGACUGAAACUCAGGGAAAGCUGAAGGACCUGACUGAAAAGGUGGAGCUGCUGCAGAAGUUUCAGGACAACAGUUUGGCGAUUUUGGAGAGCAAGGGCCUCAACCCAGACAGUGAAACCCUGGAAUCACAGCAAGAAUCCAACCCGGAUCACGUGGACUCAAUGUUGCUGUUAGAAACUUUGCAAGAUGAAUUGAAGCUUUUUAACGAAACAGCAAAAAAGCAGAUGGAGGAGUUACAGGCCUUAAAAGUAAAGUUGAAGAUGAAAGAAGAAGAGAGGGCCCGGUUCCUAGAGCAGCAGACCCUAUGUAACAGCCAAGUAAAUGAUUUUACAGCAGCCCUUGAGGAAAUGGAGCAGCUAUUAGAAAUGUGAUAAAAAGCAAGUGGCCAGAUGGCUCUCUCUUGGGGAUUAACUCUUGGAGGAAGCCACUAAGGACAUCUGCUUCUUGGCCGUGAUCUUCACCAUUCCAAGAAUGAAACCAGUUUGUGCAGUAGGAUUAAGGAUAGUUAGUGCUGGAAUCGCAGUUCCUCCUUUAAGAAAGUGUUCUCACUCGUCAGAUUGGUCAGCUCUCUGAACCUCACGUGUACAUAAUUAAGGUGUACAAGAAGGGAAUCUGGAAGCUUGGAUCAACUCCUGGGCAGCAAAGCGACCCACUGUUAGAAACAGGAGACUAAACCAGCCACAGCCAGAGGAUCCAAAAGGUUACAUUCAGAUGUGCAGGGAGAAACCCUGAAUCGUACCAUGGGGCACAGGUCUCCAUAGGAAACACCACUGAGGAGCCAUGCAGGCCCUCUAAUUUGGACACAUGGGAACUUAAAAUCACUUGAAAUGGCUUAAUAAAUGGGGUGAAGGUAUAGAUAGCAAUAACACCAACUGAAACAAUACACUUUGGAGCUUUUAAUCUAAAUCACUUCUGUGUUUUUAUAUGUGUAUAUAUAUAAAGUGCUAAUUUUAAAAUAAAUAUUUCUGUAACUUCAGAUUGCAA